AUGGCAGAGCUUGAUGUAUCCCAAAUUAUCGUUUCAACGGUGGCAUCGUUCUGCGCUGGGUUAUCUCUCGUACUCUGGUUUGCCUUGGUUUGCGAUGGACAUCCGUCCCGACUUGUCUUACUCCGCCAAAACCCCUACGUUUUCUCACAGGCUGUGGUAGGAGCUCUGGUUUGGACUGGCCUCAUUGGGUCAGUGGCAUUGGCUGUUUUCCAGCCAGUCCUCCGAAGCGAUCCUUCAAGGCCUGCUCUGACAGUCGAGCUGGGAUUCCUUCUUCUUCUGCCACCGAUAAACGAGUUUCUCGGCCUUGUUAACCAACGUCUCCGGUCAACUCGUACUUUCAUCAUCUUUCCUAUCUCCAAAACUUUGCUACUGCUAACUUUCUUUCUCGACCAAAUACAACGCCGAAUUCGUCACAUUCUCUACGCAUCAAUUAUUUUACUCACGACUGCUGAGAUACUCUUUUUCGCGAUCCAGUACCAUCAGCUCUGGCGAAUUUGCGACCGGGUAAACACUUCGUACCCAAUAUCUUCUCGAAAUCCGGAUCUCUUCCAGAAUCAACCCUCCAAACAUCAACGGACUCUUAGGGCGGCAGCUUUAAGUGCCAUGGUUCUCUGGUUUCUGUCAGGUCUCAUCACAGUCAGCGCAUAUCUUGAACUCUUUCCUGGACCACAGCUAGCAACACCAUGCUAA